GCGUUCAAACCCUCUCUCUCCCCUCUCUGAAGUCUUCAUCUACCUAUCUUCAUAUCACUGCGAGGUAGCGACACCAUCAAUGCAGCUACGCCGUCGACUACUGCAGGGAUAACGUUGGAACCCUAGACAAUCGAUUCUGAGCCUCAUUCUCUCCCUGCCCAGCAAAUCGAUGAAUCAUGCUCUCCCUUCUCAGCAAAUCGAACGAAUGGAUUUCUCUUUUCCUCUCUUACCAGCCCUUAAAUCCCAGCGACGCGGAUGUCUCAAAGGAGAUCCAGCACAUGGUGAGGUUCAUUCGCCAAGAAGCCGACGAAAAGGCCAACGAGAUCGCCGUAUCAGCUGAAGAAGCCCAUACGGGAUUGAGAGCAAAAUUGGAUAAAGAGCACUUGGAUUUGGAGGUUUUGAGGUAUAUGAAAGCAACCUGGAUGAGGAGGUUGAAGUAUUGGGGGGAAGUAAUCGAACGGAGAGAGGGUGCAGCAGAGGGGAACAACGAACUGGAUAAAGGUGGGAGGGAAGGCACGGUGGAGAGGGACUGCGAACUGAAUAAAGGUUGAAGGUAGUCUGGCUUUUAUUUAUUUAUUAAUUUUGAAGGGUAAAAUUGAAACCCAAUGUCUAGCUUGAAAAACAAUUUAAAUUUUCUUUUUAAAAGUACACGUGGCAAAUUCUAUGUGGAAGUAUCACCAGCUGACGUAGUGAUAUCGUACUACUCUAUAAUUUCUCUAUUGGGAGUUGUCAUCUUACUAUUUUGAUCAG